AUGGAGCCCAACAAAGUGCUGAGGUGCAAGGCCCCGCCGAGCGAGUGUAACCCAGCAUUGGAUGACCUAACACUGGAGUACAUGAAACUGUUUGCCAUGAUCUUAAGCAUGUGUGGCCUCAUGCUCAAGCCACAGUGGUGCACUUGGGUUGCUGUCUACUGCUUCUUCAUUAGCUUUGCCAACUCCCAGAGCCCUAAGGACACUAAGCAGAUGAUGAGUAGCUUCCUGCUGCCCAUCUCUGCUUGGUAG